UAUAACUAAUUUGAUCUGUUUUCUGUGGGCUUUAAUAGCCGAAGAAUUAGUUAAACUCCUGAAAACAGACGUACUUCAAGCGGCUAUACAAACCAAGUGAGAACAAGAUAUUACGAAGGAAUUGCAAACAAAUAGGCCGUCAAUUAUAAACGAUCUUUGGCGCCGAACGCGAAAGUACAGAAACAGCGACCGACGACGAUACACCGAGCGUCGUUUCGAAGAAUCUUCCUUGGAGGAGAAGUGUCUAAAGAGGACAAAUCACCGUCAGUUAUCCGACUCGGUAGCAGUAUCUACAAAAACUGUGUAGUCAUAUUUUAUAGCUUUUGGUAUUUUUUCUAUCUCUUAUUCCAUUCUGAUAAUUUCUGAUUCCUUUUCGAUGACAGUUUCUAUAGGUUGAAAGUGUUAAUAUCAAGGUGAUAUCAUACAAAAAAGAACCUUGAUGUUGCCAGUGUAGGAUUGCAUUGCGAGUUUAUAUAAUAAUCACCUCUGGGAACAAUUCCCAGUCUAAAAAAGAAGCUAUCUCGAAUUGAAUUCUCUGAUAUGGGAUGCAACUGCCCAUCUACAGACAGCCAACGAGUUAGUUCAGCUCCUAAACACAGACAUACUUCAAGCGACGUACUGCUAUAAUAAACCAAGCGAGAACAAGAUAUUACGGAGGAAUUGGAAACGACGAAAGGUCAACAGAGCACAAGACAGAGGAUAUUAAUUAAUUUCCAUAAAUUUACAACUUAAAACACCAUGUCGAUCGAAGCGUUAUCCGGUAAAGUUUUCCUGCUGAUAACUGGUGCGAGUCGUGGUAUCGGUCGCCAAAUCGCGAUAACAUUUGGUUCGAUGCUGGAGGAAGACUCGCGCGUGCUUUUAUUAGCGAGGAAUAAAAAUGCAAUGCAAGAAGUUGCAGCAAAUAUACCUUCCAAAGUGAAAGUUUAUACCAUUAGUGCGGACUUGAGUAAAUCAACUGAUACCAACUUCAAAGAAUUCAUAUCGGAAUCUUUGAGGGGAACUACUCUCAAUGCGUUUGAUCGAGUGGUCCUGGUACAUAAUGUUGGCUUUAUCGGCGAUGUCUCUCAAACUCUAAACGAUAUAUUGGACCUGAAUGUCUGGAGAGAAUUCUACGAUCUCAAUUUUUUUGUGCCUGCCGUAUUAAACGCGGUGGUCAUGAAUACGUUUAAUAGUAAAGCUAUUAAGAAGACAAUUAUCAAUAUUACAUCGCCGGUAGUUAUUCAUCCGCGCGCUUAUUAUGGCCAAUACGCUUCGGCAAAAGCGGCACGAGACAUGUACUUUAAGGUCUUUGCUUUGGAAAACCCUGAUGUUGACGUGUUAAGUUACUCACCGGGACCUGUCGAUACGGAUAUGUUUACAACGGUGUGCGAAAAACUCGCUGAUUUAAAAACUAAAAAAAUGUUCAAUGAGAUGAAAGAGAAGGGACUUGUGUUGACAACAGAACAAACUGUCAAUUGCCUUGUGCAAGUCUUGAAAGAACAUAAAUAUAAUUCGGCUGAUCAUGUGGGUUAUUACGACGAUAUGUGAAGCAAAAAAAACAAUAUUUAUAGAAAGAAAAAAAACAAAAUACAAUAUGAAUAUAACAACAAA